UCUCGCUAUACAUCAAAGCACAACAACAAACUGAAAAUGUUGUCAAUUUAGAAUAAGCUUAUUAGUAAUACAACUCUGGAUUUUUGUUAACGUCUCUGAUUAGAAAGAGCGCAAAAACUUACAAAGCCGUUCUUUGUCAUUUCUAUUCAGAUUUUGCCACGUGAAAAGGUAUAUAUUCUUCAAAAGUGUGGACGGUAACAUGGAGAGAGCCUAAGACUACGGUGCUACCGACCCAAGGAACGCUUUAAUUGACUUUUAUGAUACCGUGGCGUAUUUGGAAAAUAAUUUUGUCAACACCUUUGACAAGCUUCUGUCAAUAACUGAAGAUAUAUUACUGAUUGGUGGUAGUUAGAAAUAUUUUGGAUGUGUUUAGCAGAUAAUGAGUGUUACAUGUAUACAUCCUGGGGGCCGAAGAGGGUCGUAACCGCAUUGGACAUCAAUCAGCUGUCACUAUAGGUGAUUGUUGUACAUAACGAAAACACGUUCUGUAUUGACAGGUACUAAUGAUCGGUAUGAAUUACUGAUUACUCUAUUCGAAAGUCAAUUUUUAAAACAAAUUUAUCGUCAGUUGAAUUAUUUUUUGUGUGAAAAUACAUUCUAAAGUUUGGAUGUUUUGUUCUGCGGAGCUGAGGCUAGUUGGAUUAUAAGACAUAACCGGGUGCACAGGAAUUGUGUAAGAAAAUUCUCAAUGUUCUUUUGACUAGAUUUAAACGGAGGAAUUAGAAAUAAAACUGGAUUACCGUCACCCGAUGACGUUACCAAUGCUGCGAAUAUUGCCGCCGCCGUGGGACUUCCGAAUGAUGACGACGGCAAACGGCGGGCCCGAUGGCAGCGGCGCAUUUAGCGACAAGUAUGAGCCUAUCAGAAAACUGUCCAUGGUGCAAGUACAGCCGCCAAGGAAUCCAAAUAAACCUUUUACCUCAUUCGGAAUAAAUGAUAUUCUAAAUUCUAACGGCUGUAAAUCGGAUAUUCAACAAAGUCAGCGCCAUUCGAAUAAAACAACUUCAGAAAAACAUUUCAACAAUCUUCAUUCGCGCCAUUCUUUAGCUAAACAUGACAGUUCUAGACUUAGCCGGACUCCCGUGUCGAGACGCGGGCAACCAGUACAAAGAACAAAUCAACAGAAUCAUGGUAACAAUAAUAAUCAAAUUGGUGCGGGGACUUCUGCUCGAAUUGUGCGACCUUGGGACGCUUCUCCAACUCCCGGCAGAAAUUCUGAAGCUUCAUCGGAAGCUGAUGAGGAGGAAAUUAAUGUUGACGACGACGAAGAGGAACCGACGGGAUCCUCGUUAAGUCUGAAAGAUGUAUCACCUUUAGAUGCGCUAAUGGAAAUGGCGAAUAAAACUUUUCAAGGUCUUGAAACUUCUGAAGCAGCUGAUGCUAAGAGGCGUGAGCAGGCCGCUAUGUUUGGUAAGCAUUCUAACCCAAAGAAACGUCGAAAGUCGAGGACAGCGUUCACAAAUCAACAAAUUUACGAGCUUGAAAAACGAUUUUUAUACCAAAAAUAUUUAACGCCUGCUGACAGAGAUGAAAUUGCCCAAAAUCUCGGUUUAACAAACGCACAAGUGAUCACGUGGUUCCAAAACAGGCGGGCAAAAUUAAAACGUGAUUUGGAGGAGUUAAAAAAUGAUGUAGUAGCAACCAAACAAAUUUCUAUAAAAUCUGGCUCUUCAGAUCACGAGUUUAGCAUAGAUUCAGACUCCGAUUCACCAGUAAGCUGUUCGAGACCUUCGCAACAUAGCUCUCCCAAAAGAGGCCGAAGUGAAAGUAGAUCUCCAGAACCAGGACAAAUUGUGCCAGUAGCACAUUAUCAAGACACCGGUGCUGAAGGGAGAUGCGAAUCUCCGGAUGAAAUUGUGGUAGACGAUAAAGAAGAAUUUGAAAAGAAAGAAUCAUAGUUGAGACACAUUGUCUUAUGUUAAGACAAACACAUUAAGAAAGCGAAGAAAAAAUGUGUAAGCGUUGUGUGCGAGGUGGUGUAAACGGGCUUAGCUGGUGUAAGUGCAGAUGAUAAAGGUCGUUGUCAAGUUUUAACUUGCUGUUUUAAGGACGGAAAUUCCAGUGCUUAAGCUGAUGCGGUAGAUCACCACUAUAUUCCACGCAAGUGACUCCGAAAUGCAUUAUUUAAAAAUCCAAUAAGAAGUACAAAAAAUGUAUAUGAUAAUUAUAUGUGUGAUAAUAUACAUUUACGAGGGUCUCGUAAAUACUAUUUUGUUGAAUAGUCACACGUUUAACUAUACAGGGUAUUAGAUAGUAGUGUCUGAAGGACUGAAGAAAAUGUGCUUAAAUUGUUAAAAUGAAUGUUAGUUUUUUUCAGAUUUGUCGUCUUAUUUUCCAGCGCAUGCGCAGAAAUAUGCGUUGGAUUCAUUUUAUUUUAUACCCCUUCGAUAUAAAUGUGCAAGCUUUCUUCCACUGUGAGUCAUGCAAAUGAAGGCUAUAUGCUAUAGUUUUAUGUAACCCGCAUUAAACCACCUAAAGUGUUGCAGCUAUAUAUAUAUAUUUUAUCAACAGUGACAGGAAAAUACAUUGGUGCGUUUCUUGCACUUUCCGAAACUGUUUAUAUCGGAAGGUAUCUGUCAAAGCAAAUUGUCCACCAGAACAAAGCUGUUUUUUACACCAUUUUCUAAUAACAGACUACACAGAAAAGAGAGAGAGAGCAUAAAUUUAGAAAUCCAGAGAGUACCAAUUUAUCUAACUGAAUAACUUUUAAAAUGAAACAUUUUUCUCUUAUCCAAUUCAUGUGUCUGUGUUAUUGUAUGUAUGCGAACUAAUUUUUUAAAUUAUUUACACUUUUUUCAGUUAACUAUUCCAGAAAAUUAUGUAAUAUUGUGCUAACUGUUGAUUUCAGGGAAUAUUAUUAGCCAAAUCCUGCAUUUAUUUCUUUAUUAAUAUUUAAGAAAUCUUUUUCUUUAAGCAUAAAAAUUAUGACUGUAAUAGAAAAUAUUAAGUAUAUUGAUAUAGUUAACCUUUCGAUUUAAUACUGUCGUGGAGCUGGAGCUUAUUUUAUAUAAAUCAUUUUUUUGUGUAAUGUAAUAAAACACAGUACUCUAUCAUUUUUUUAAACAUGAGUUAUAUGACUGAGGUAUUAGAAGAAAAUCGAAUGCAUAAAUAUGAGAAUAAUGUAAAAAGGAAUUAGGAAAAAAUACUAGAAAUUUCAGAAAUAAAAAAUGUAAAUAUGUUUUGACAUAAAUGUCAUAACAACUGUGUGUAGGAAAUGUGUACAUGUUUAUUGUAUGGUUGAGAAACAACCCUUUUUGUUAAAUAUUAUAAAAUUGUUUUAUAUAUUUUUGUCCCGAGAACCAUGUAGAUAUUACAUGAAUAGAAAUAAAAAUUAAAAAUAUUGAACUUA